AUGCAUUGGUCUCGAGACUGCACUCAUCGGAAGACAACCUGUCGGGAGUGCAACGGGAAGGGACAUCUAACGCGGAUGUGCCCUGAACGUGAAGUGGAGUCGGUCAACUCCAUCCUCAUCGCAGCAACGUCAGCAACGGCUCGAAAUCGGAUCUACACCGAUGUCAGCAUCAAGGGACAACCGGUUCGGAUGAUGUUGGACACUGGCUCGGACGUUACGCUGCUCAGUCAGAAGGAUUGGAUCCUUUUGGACAAACCGGAGAUGUCGCCGUCAACGCGAAGACUUCGGUCAGUCACCAACAAAUCAAUUUCAGUUCUCGGGCAAUUGAAAUGUGAUUUCGUGCUCAAUGGUCAGCCAGGAUCAGGGACAUGCCAGGUCACCAACACAGAGUCGAUCCUGGGCAUGGACUGGAUCAAACAGGAUCAGUCGCUCUACGGACGUUUGCUCAAGGGAUCCGUCAAUCCCGUCGCAGCGAAGCAGUCCGGAAAACGAGUUCCAAGUCGCCAGGCACCGUCGACCAAGCAGCAAGCAGGCCGGCAUCACGGAUCGAAGUCAAACUGGUUUGGCAUCGGAGAAGUGGUCAAGGUCAGGGACAAGCACGGAUCGUCGUCACCAACUGAACGCCAGUUGCUGUCGACAACGCCUUCGCACACCUACUCAACACCGAUGAUGCCAAACAUCGGCUCAUCGAGAAGAAACCGAAGCUCAACACCAAUUCACCGUCAAUCGUCACCAGUUGGAACGCCCAACGGGACGUCUGGACCAUUGUCAACGCCGUCAACGCCGUCAACGCCGUCAUCGCCGUCAUCGCCGUCUCGUCGUCAAAUGUCAGUGGGACCUGGAUCGUCACCUGGACCUGGAUCACCGUCUGGAAACGGAUUGGCCGCUGGAGUCGCUUCGCCUUCGGGAGUCGUCGCAUCUUCGGGAGCAGGAUUGUCAGCGGGUCAACCAGUGGUUCGCCGAGCGGAUCGCACAACGCGUGCUCCGUCGCGCCUCCGCCUGGAUCCCCGCCUUUCGUCCUACCAAUGA